AUGGUAGCUGGAGAGGUUCCUAAUGAUUUCGAUGCUUACAAGAGGAAGAAGUUCUUUAAAGAUGCUAGGCACUACUAUUGGGAUGAAUCUAAUUUGUACAGAAGAGGGCCAUAUAGCAUCUAUAGAAGAUGCAUAGCUGAAGAAGAUGUACAAGGUGUUUUAGAACAUUGCCAUGGGUCUGCUUAUGGAGGUCACUUUGCCACAUUCAAACCAGCAAACAAGGUCUUGCAAGCUGAACUAUGGUUGCCUACCUUGUUCAAGAAUGAAACAAGCUUCAGUUCUAGAUGUGAUCCAUGCCAAAGGAAAGGAGUGAUCACCAAGAAGAACAAGAUGCCUCAGAAUCCCAUUCUAGAGAUUGAGAUUUUCGAUUGGAUAGAAGCUAUUGCCUGCCCUGCUUAUGAUGCCAAGGUUGUUGUCAAGCUGUUUAAGACCAUCAUCUUCCCAAGAUAUGGCAUCCCUAAAGUUGUGAUCUCAGAUGGAGGCUCCCACUUCAUCAACAAGGUGUUUGAGAAGUUAAUGAAGAAUUAUGGAGUUAAGCACAAGGUGGCUACGCCCUAUCACCCCCAGACCAGCGGACAAGUUGAGGUCUCUAACAGGCAGGUAAAGGCUAUCCUUGAGAAGACAGUGAGCUUCACAAGGAAGGAUUUGGCGACCAGGCUCGACGAAGCACUUUGGGCUUACAGGACAGCCUACAAGACACCAAUAGGAAGGUCACCUUUCAACCUAUUGUAUGGCAAAGCUUGCCACUUACCCGUGGAGAUUGAGUAUAAGGCACUUUGGGCAAUCAAGAUGCUCAACUUUGAUAUGAAAACAGCACAUGAGAAGAAGGUCAUGGACUUGCACGAAUUUGAGGAAAUCAGACUAGAUGCCUAUGAGAACUCUAAGAUCUAUAAGGAAAGGACUAAGGCAGCCAAUGACAAGCUGAUUCGCCUUAAAGAUUUCAAGGCUUGGGAUAGUGUGCUCUUUGUUCAAUUUGAAGUUGAAGCUGUUUCCAGGAAAGCUGAGAUCAAAAUGGUCAGGACCAUUCAAAAUCCAUGA